AAUAAAUGGUGUGAACCGCAAAUAUUUAUUUACGGCAUCAGCUGACGAGUAAAUCCUCUAUGCGAAGUUUUUGAAUGAUAAAUAUCAUACCUGUGUUCAUAGAAAGCCUACUAUGAGUAGUCAUAUUCAACCAGCACUUAACGAAGAUGUGAAAAGAAGCACAGCUGACACCUCAGCUGAUAGUGCUGAAGCAGUAUUAGAAGGUUUAGAAGGACAAUAUUUUAUAACUGAUGUAUGUGCCAAUCUGACCAAUAAAAAAUUUGCUCGUGAUGUUGAUAGUGUUAUACAAAGAGCACAAAAUGCUGGAGUGAAGAAGAUAAUAGUUUGUGGCAAUAAUAUUCAAAGUAGUAAAGAAGCUCUUCGCUUAACAAGGCUUUAUCCAAAUUAUAUAUACUGUGCUGCAGGUGUUCAUCCUAAUGAACAAAAUCAUGUGAUAAGUGAAAUAAUGGAAAAACAAUUAGAAUUAGCAUCUGAACUGAAAAUGCCUCUUAUGAUUUAUGAAAAGGAAGCCAACAGUGAUGUAAUCCAGAUUUUAAGAAAUAAUAUCACCAAGCUUCCUCAAAUUGUGGUACAUUCUUUUUCGGGUAAAACAGAUGAACUGCAGGCAUAUCUGUCUCUAGAUUGUUAUAUAUGUCUGACUGCUUAUUAUUACGGAUCAGUUAAAGAAAAUAGGGUCCCUGCUGCUAUACGAGAUCAUUUCGUUGAUGAUCGGUCUAAAUUCAUUAAUCCUGAAGAGGUGGCUGAAAAACUAGUUGAAUAUGAAAAUAUUCGGGAAGAAUUUAAGAAAGCAAUGGCUGAAGCUAUUGAACAAGAAGAAGAAAGACAGAAACUUGCUGAAGAACAGGACAAACAAGAUAUGGAGGCUGCUGAAGCUGCAGAACUUGCUGCUGAGAUAACUGCAGUUGAACUUGCUGCUAAAGAAGCUAUAAAAAAGGAACUAGCUGCUAAGAAAGCAAGUCAAAGGAUCAGGAUGUGGAAAUGA